UGGUCGGAGGUGGUCGGAGAUUGCUGAAGGAGAAAGAACUUUGACUUGAUCUCUGGCAGGGGCUUUGGCUCUUAGCAUUUGUGGGAUCUCUAAUCCCUUUAAAUAAGCCAGAUCACUGCCCCUCAGAAGACCAGUCAGCUUAGGGGGCUGGGGGGGGGGUGAGGGUAGGGCCAGCCUGCUGGCCAGAGGGCAGGUGAAAGAACAGCAGAUGAGUCUGCUCUGCAUUGCUGAGCUCCUCAAGUGGGACUGAGCCAAGGUGCAGUGGUGCCCCAUGGGGAACAUUCUGACCUGUUGUGUGGGCUCCAAGGCCAGCCGCAAGCCGGGCCGGCGCAAGGGGCCAGUGGAGCCAGAUUACGAGUCUGAGAUCUGUGGAGCAGUGGCGGGAGCUGCCGUGGCACAAGCACCUGCUUCCCAGGAGACUGAGGAGUUUUCCAUGGGAACCAGGCAUGGUCACCACCUGCAGCACAUCAGUGACCAGGAGAGGCCCCGAGGUGAAGCUCUGGAAUCAAACCCUGCUGACCAUCCAAGGGCAAGCACAAUUUUCCUGAACAAAUCUCAUGCAUACACACAAGAUCAGAGGAAAAGCAACUAUUUCAACCACGUGUUUCCAGGGCAGCUUACUAGGAGAUAUAACUCUUGCUCAACGAUAUAUGUAGAUGACAGCACACUCAGCCUGCCUAACUGUGCAGACAUGGUGGAAUGCAUGACCUUAGCAGUAUAUUACCACAUAAAGAACAGAGAUACAAAUAGAUCCCUGGAUAUUUUGGAUGAGAGACUGCAUCCACUCACAAGAGAGAAGCUUCCAGAGGAAUACUUUGAGCAUGCUCCUGAACACAAAUGUAUUUACAGAUUUGUUGCCUUUAUUUUUAGUGCUGCAUGGUUACCAACUGAAUGCGCAAUACUAACUUUGGUCUACUUAGAAAGGCUUGUGUCAUACGCUGAGAUAGACAUCUGUCCUGCUAACUGGAGAAGGAUCCUGCUGGGAGCCAUUCUUCUUGCCACCAAGGUUUGGCACGACGAGACUGUGUGGAACAUAGACUUCUGCAAGGUCCUCGGGGAUGUUUCUCUCAAGGACAUAAAUGAAUUGGAAAGGCAUUACUUGAUCCUGCUCAAGUAUAAUGUUAAUGUGUCUGGCAGUGUGUAUGCCAAAUACUACUUUGAUCUUCGUUCUUUAGCAGUUGAAAAUGACAUACAUUAUGAGUUUGCGCCUCUCACCAGAGAAAGAGCCCAGGACCUAGAGGCCAUGUCUGGAUUGGAUGAAGACAAAGACUUGCGCAGAGCUGCUAUGAGAAGAUCUUCCAGUGAUGGCGUUUUUGGCAUCGGACUGUCUAAAGCCGUCCUCUCUUAGAAGGGAGAAAUGGGGGCUAUGACAUCAUGGAGCCCUCAUUUACAGAGCUGGAGAAGUACCAUCCCUCUUGCUAAAACAAGAAGAACAACAACAAGAACAACAACAACAAGAACAACAACAGCAACAGCAACAGCUAAGUUAGUAUUUUCACCAAAAGGAAAGGCCUUGAAUUUAAGAGCCUCCUGGGCAGUGUCAGCUGCACUGCAUGGGAAGGAGAGAGGCCCUGUCAAAGCAGCAGCGCACUUCCAUCCUCACUGAUGUGAGCAGAGUUGCCAGGUCUGCAGAGCAGAAGCUCCUGGCUCACUCUGGCUUUUGCUUACUCCACCGGCCAAUGCCUGUGAGCUCUGGGAGACUUUUGAAUUGAGAGUUUAAAUUUAAACUAAGUUAAAAUUUUAAUUAUUUUUAAAAAUUAGAUUUAAAACAUUACCCAGAUAAUUGUAUGUUUUUCUACUUGCCUCUCCCCAUGUUGCUGCAUAUGCCUUUAGGGUUGAUGUAGUAUUACUAUUGAAAUGUGGGGAUCUUUUUUAUUGCAUGGGGCUGAAAAUAAAACCCAGGGUCUUAGCCAUGUCCUCGUAGCAGGGUCUCUCCCACUGAGUCCCUUACCCAGCCCCAAACAUGGGAGUGUUCACACUCAUGACACCACUUAGAAGUAGACUGUAGCAUUGUCAGGUAUUGAAGGUUCUUCCUCCCAUGAUAUCAUAAGUUGCUAGUCAUUAUUGUCAAUCAGUUUGAACCAAAAAGCUGCUGGAUAACACUUGCCAGUCAUGUUCUUUGCAAGCACUGCUUGGUAGCACUGUGACAUGUUUGUGGUCUUAAAGAGAAAGCAUCAGUUGAUGCUAUUGACUGUCUAUUUCUAUGAAGUCCAUGCUGCAUCUUGUGAACGAUUAAUGGUGAUUCUCAUUUUCUGAUGAUUAUCCUGCUGUUAAGUAAACAUAUUAGAAGAUAUUUUCAUAAUCCAAACCGACAUAGAGGUCCAGUGAUUGCCCAUCGAUAGUGAAGUACAAGGCGUCCCAAAAGUUUCAGUGCAGUUUUAAGCCAUAGACUACUAUGCCUGUGCCUUCCAGGGACUGUAGCAGGUGUACAAGCCACAAACUUUUACCAGACAGCGUUUGACAGUUUCAGUUUUGCAAAUUUGGAAUAUUAAGAUUUUAUUCUUAAUUUUUUUUCUGGUCUCUCUUAAAGGGAAUAGAAAGAGGAACUGGAACAAAAAUUAAAAUUAAAAGCUUAAUAUUUUACAUUUACAAAAUUAAAACUUUUAGAUGAUAUUUUAUAAUGUUGUAGCUUCUGUACUUCUACUGGUAUCAAAGCUUAAAAUUACACUAAGAUUUUUGGGAUGCUUUGUAUUGCCAAAGAAUUUUCCUCAUAUUUUAAAAUAGUUCUUUGAGAACUAUCUGCUUUGGUCACCUAGAUUUCUUUUCUCUAGAUUUUGUGAAGGAAGAUUUUUAGGAGCAAUGUUAAUUCACAUGUAAUGAAAAGGAAUUGGACCCCAAUAGCAGCAAGUGAUAUGAAAGUUUCUUUUAAAGUUUAGCCUACAUUUCAAGGUGCCCCUUUCAAGUCCUCCUAUUUAAUAGGGAACUUACCUGAGCCUUAAGAACAUUACUGAAGACUUUAAAGAGCAGAGAUUAAGUAAUUUGAGGAGACUUACAAUGUCAUCUAAGGUUGAAAUAUUAAAACAAUCAGUGCUCUUUCCAUAUGAAAUCUAUGUCUCUUCCUUUUCAAAUGUAAUCCUAGGAAUCUUGCCUGUAACAAAGCUCUUGUGGGCUAGGAAUACUUUCUCCCAGUGUAGCAGUGCCUCACGCAACAUUGUGUGCUGUAGUUUCCACCAUUUUAAAAAAGACAUAAGUGAUACCCAGUGGCAUAAGAAAUACCACAAUCUACCACCUCUAAAGAAAAUUAUUUAUGGAGUUUCAAGCUUGAAGAUGUGAAUAUUAGUUGCAGCUUUAUGUUGAAAAAAAUGCUACAACUUAAAGUGGGUUUU